GGGGGAUGGAGGAUGGGGAGGCUGGCUGCAAACACUUGUUGCCACCCUGUUUGCGGGAGGAACAUGGGCUACACGCACUAUUGGAGCUUUGCGUCGGAUGAAGGGUUCUCGGAUGAGGCUUGGGCGGCCAUUGUGGAGGCUGUGGGGAGAGUCUUGGAGAAUUCACCGGUUGCGCUCUCCAACGAGACUCGGGUUGAUGAUGAUGCGAUCGUGAUCAAUGGUGCCGAACCAGACGACUUUGAGACGCUUGUCAUCCGUCAUGAUGUGUCAAACACGCAUGCCUUUGGCCCCAUGCCGCACGCCGGCUUUGUCAAGACCCAAUGGCGCCCGUACGACGUCGUGGUGUGCGCCACGCUCCUCAUCCUCCGCACCCUGAGUCCAGACGUCAUCACCAUCUACAGCGAUGGCGAAUGGGACGGGGAGUGGAUCGGUGCCCGCGCCUUGGCGUCGAACGUCCUCCCGGACCUAGCCGCCUCCUUUAGCGAGCAAUCGAAGCUCACGCCGUUCCCCGAGUAG